AUGAAGAACCCCUGGUUCUUGAAUGGUCGUGCUUCCGCCCUGAAUCCUGUGCCGCCUUCCGCCGGUGAAGGUCUUCUUCCCCCUCCCCUCCUUCCCCCUGACCCUCCUGACCCUUCCGCCCUCUCCUCUUCCCAGUUCCCUCCCCUCUCACCCCCCGGUUUAAGUAAACCCAGAUCUUCUCCACAAACUGCUCUGCCAAAGAAGCCUGUGGUCCGAACCUCUGGUCCCUCAAAACCCUCUACUGCUGAUGUCGUAACAGCUCAGCGAACCCAAAUAACUGAAGCGGUGGAUCCCCAAGCCACUCUGCAAACAAGCCCGCUGACUACUGUUCCAGGAGUUCGCUCCCUAACAGUGAAACCUAUUACUGCUGAUGCAAAAGUAACUCACCCUACUUCCACGGAUGUUGAGAUGAUGCAGGCUCCCCUAACGUCUCAACCUUCCUCCCAUUCCCCCUUGAUUCCCCCCACCUUGACUAUAAAUUGCGAAAACACUGUUCAAAAAACCCUAAGCCCUGAGAAAACUUUUACUAUCAUCCCUCCAAAAACCUCAAGCCCUAUCCACUCCAAUAAGGUUUCCUCUACUUCCCCUCCCGCUAUCCCCACUGCCCAAAUAUCUUUGCCCCAACAAAAACCCAAUCAGGUACCGUUAGACCCUCGAAGUACUAUCCCCAAUAACCCGAACCCUUCUCUAGUCGAUAGAAUAAAAGUCUUUGAAGAUAAAUCUCUCCAACAACUAGCUCCUGUGUCGUUCUCCGACAAUGGAAUUCCGCGAGUUCGGAUUCCAGAUGAAGUAUUCCAACAAGGAGCAAAACUGCAUAAAGAUUUUAUCAUCUGCUACUUCAAUGGACGAGCUCCCCCCUACAGUCAAAUUCAAAGUGUGCUAAACCAUAUGUGGGGAAAAGGAAGGAAACUAGAGAUACAUAACAACCCCCUCACAAGGUAUUCGGAGCUUAUGGCGAAGGAGGGACCGGAGGUGAUGAUCGGAGAUGGACCAGAAGGAGAUCGGAGUAAUCGGAUGGCAAAACAAGCAAGACGGAACAGAGCCUUGAGCAAAAGGAAACAGAGUGCUUGA